UAUUUUGGACAUAGUGCUGGGCAAGCAUUUAUGAGGGGUACAACAGUGCGUCAAUUGCCUAAAUGUGCUGUUUCAUUAUUGAUGGGUUGUAGUAGUGGUGUCUUGGAGGCUAAUGGAGAGUUUGAUCCUUAUGGUUAUGUACUUAAUUAUUUGCUAGCUGGAAGCCCUGCAGUAGUUGCUAAUUUGUGGGAUGUGACAGAUCGAAGUAUUGAUAGAUUGACUAAAUAUAUGUUAGGUGCCUGGGGUAUGACGACAACAACAUCAACUAACAAGUCAAUUGUACAAGCUGUGACAGAGUCAAGAAAUCAAUGUUCCUUAUCUUACCUUAUUGGAGCUGCACCUGUUGUGUACGGAAUU